AUGCUGCUCCGGACUAUCUUGAACGCUCGGAACCAUCUCUCCACCGGCCCCGCCAUCAUCCUCCACGGCUCGAUCCGAAUGUCUUCAAGCCUCAAGUUCUCGAGCUUUGAUGUCACGAACCAGGUCUUUUUCCGGUCUGAUCACUCGUUUGCGAUAGUCAACCUCAAACCGAUUGCACCGGGGCAUGUCCUGGUGAUCCCUAAACGAACCGAAGCGAAGCGACUUGCAGAUCUCAGUCGGGAUGAAGUUGCCGACCUUUUCGGCUCGGUUCAACGAGUGGGCUCGGUCAUGGAAUCGGUCCACAAAGCCAGCAGUCUCACUGUGGCCAUCCAAGAUGGCCCGUUUGCUGGACAAUCGGUCCCACACCUCCACGUGCAUGUUAUUCCCAGACGCCCCAACGAUUUCGUUCCGAAUGAUAAGAUCUACGAUCAUCUGAAUCGAUUCGAUGGCUCCACUGCCAGCAAUGACCAAUCUGACAAACAGCAAGUAAGCCAACUGAAAAUUGACAAUGAAGAACGUGUUGCACGCACACAGGAGGACAUGGAAGAAGAAGCCAAGUCAUUAAGUCAACACUUUCAAGCCUAG